CCCUCGGGACCGCGGCGCGGGGCCAUGGCCGGGGCCCGCAAGCUGGAGCUGCAGGACGCCCUGGCGCUGGGGCCCGGCUGGCGGCACGCGUGCCACGCGCUGCUCUACGCGCCCGACCCCGGGCUGCUGUUCGGCCGCAUCCCGCUGCGCUACGCCGUCCUGAUGCAGAUGCGCUUCGACGGGCGCCUCGGCUUCCCCGGCGGCCUGGUCAACUUGCAGGACGGCUCCCUGGAGGCCGGGCUGAGGCGCGAGCUGAGCGAGGAGCUGGGCGAGGCGGCGGCCCACGUGCCCCUGGAGCGCGCCGACUACCGCAGCUCGCACGCCGCGCCCGGGCCGCGGGUGGUCGCCCACUUCUACGCCAAGCAGCUGACGCUCGAGCAGCUGCUGGCGGUGGAGAAGGGCGCCCCGCGCGCCAAGGACCACGGGCUGGAGGUGCUAGGCCUGGUACGGGUGCCCCUGUAUACCCUGCGGGAUGGUGUGGGAGGCCUGCCUGCCUUCCUGGAAAAUUCCUUUAUUGGAGCUGCAAAGGAGCAGCUGCUGGAAGCCCUUCAGGAUUUAGAACUGGUGGAACCUGGUUCUCUUACAGCCCAUAAGAUCUCCCUCCCUCACUAGAGGCAGCCCUCUGUGGAGCCGUGGAACCUGAGAUGAGGUCCUUGGGACAAAGGAGAGGAGGAGGGAACAGGGAAUGUUUUCUCUUCUGAGCUUGAUAGAUGAUAACAGAUUAAAAGCAGUAUGUGCAGUAUGUCUGAAUGGAGCUCCCGCCCCCCUGCCCCCCCCCCCCCCCAGCCCAGCAGCUCUCCACAUCCAGAGCAAAAACCUGCAGCUCAUCCCAGGGACCCUGGCUAAUCCUCAGAGCCUGCCCCCUCUCUGUCCAUUUGCACACACACAGCAUGGUAGCCCCCGGACAUAGGAAUGUCCAGCCUAUACCCACGUACAAGCUGACACCUCCCCAUAACCACCACAUGCAAUUUAACCAGGAAGUGGCAUGUGUGAGGUAUAGCUUGUCAUCAGAGCCACAUCCUUGUUAGCGAGGAGAGAGAAGCAACACGGUCGCUUUACCCACUGAACAUGGUCACAUCCUUGCCUGGGUGUUGACAGAAGCAAUAUACCCCUGGAAGGUGGGUAGAGAAUCCUAACCAACCUGCUGUCUUCUGAAACUGAGCAGAAGGGUGAGAAAAAUGGCUUGGUCUCCUUGGAUUUGAGACUUCAGGGUCCUGGUACAUCUCCAAAGCUGUCAUCUGGGACCCCUUAGACGGGACAUCGGAAGGGAAUGGACCCAGCUCUAGCCUACCUCUGUCCUCACAAAAAGAGUCUGCCAGCAAAGAGGGCUUGUAGCGGAGCCUCAGAGCCCUUUGGUUUUUUCACCAAAUAAUCAGUAUGAGGUACUGGAGAUCUGGGGACAAAAGAGUCAUAGGUCUUGCUCUCCACAGGGUUAAAGGGCUAAAUGGCAAAUUUCAGGCUUCAUGGGCCGCGUGGUCUUUGUAGCAUCUGCUCAGCUCUUUCAUUUCAGAAGUAGCAACGAACAAUAAUGGGCAUAGCUGUGUUCCAGUAAAACUUCAUAAAAGGAGGUGGCCAGCCCGAGGGUGAUAGUAUGCCAACGCUUGCUCUAGAACGGACGAUAAGUAAUCAAUUUAAUUAUGAUGCCUAUUUACUUGUUUCAUUUAUGUCAGUGUUAAGAAAGAAAUAAAAGAUUGAUACAGGC